AUGCAGUCACAAGACUCCACGACCGUGCCCAAGGCAACAAUCGAGACUCAUUCGAGCAAAGCCCCGGUACUCACUGAGGGCGAUUGCACCCCCGCCGUUCUGCGCGAGUUUACGAUCUCCUUCCGCAAUUACACCACGAUAAAGAAGGUGCCGGAUGACGAACAGGUCGCCAUAGCAAUGUCCUGCUUCCGCGAUUUUCGCAUCACCAAAUUGCUUGAGCUCGAGAACGAACGCGCGACAGCACUAGCCGGGACAUUUGACGACCUGAUGAAGACAAUUCGUGGCGUCAUGCUACCCGCGGAGUGGGAUUUGGAUAUCCGCCGUGAGAUAAUGCAGCAGAAGAUGUCCGACAAUGACACCUUCCACCACUUCUCGACACUCAUUCGUUCACGCAACGCGUUGCUUACCGGCUCCAAAUACCACCUGCCCGACGAUCGUAUGCGCCUGCACUUGGAAACCGCCAUGGUGGCGGAUUUGAAUGACUUGGUCAUCGAAGACAAGAUCGUGAACGAGGAGACGGACUUUGGGAAGUGGCUUAAAGGGGUGGUCCGACUCAACGGGAAGCACAUGAAAGAAAAUACGCGUGCACGCAAGAUGUUCAAAGCACAACGCAAACGCGCCGCUCCUUCUAUGGGAACGUACGAUUCCCGCCCAAAGAAACAGACUCGUACCAACGAAAACGCGCCUCCCCCAUCCGUCGCUUCUUCGUCCUCUUCGUCCACCAACGCUCGUUCGGGACGCCUCCCCCCACUGUCCGAAGCAGACAAACAACUGCUAAACAACCACCAUGGCUGUCGUACAUGCCGGAAGUUCUAUGUGGACCACCGCUCAUCCAACCGUGUUUGCACCUUCCCCUCUGCCGAAUCGUACAAGCCGCUCAGUCUCACAACGGCGAGCGCCGCCCGGAACGCACUGUCAGAAGCGCAAGCGACCAAGUUCGGCAUCCCUCGUGCGGCGAUAAAGGCGGUGGCUGCUGUCUUCCCGAAAUCCGACAGCGAGAACGAGGAGGAAGAGUACACCGACACUGAGGAUGACCUGAGCACACGUGUGAGUGAUUCCUCCCAGAACACGGGACCAUCCCAUUGUAGCGACCACUUUGUGUGGGAGUUCCUGAUGAAUGGUCCCCGAGUGGGAAACCUCGUUGCCGCCUGUGGACUGAUUGACUCCGGGGCACACAUAGUCUUAAUCCGGGACGAUCUUGUGCAACGACUUGGACUGCGCCGUUUCAAACUACGUGAACCCGAAACCUUCAAUGUUGCAACGACCGACGUACAUGACUAUGCCCCAACACAAGUACUGGAAUAUGUGAAACUGCGAACACUCUCUCUGGACCAGCACUGGGAAUCAAACGUGGUCCGGGCGCUGGUAACUCCUGCUCUCUGUGUUGACGUGAUAUUUGGACUGCCGUGGCUUGAAAGAAAUCACAACGUAAUUGACGUGGAAGCACGCUCUGUAAUCGACAAAUGA